AGCGCUUUCACCCUCCUCCCACCCACGGCAUCGCCUUAAACCUCAGGAGAAUUUUCUUUCCGUGAGCAUUUGGUUCGUUAGAAGCAUCAGCAUCAACAUGCCGAAGUGUCCCAAGUGCCAGAAAGAAGUCUACUUCGCCGAGAGGGUUACCUCCCUUGGUAAAGACUGGCACAGACCAUGCCUUAAAUGUGAGAAGUGCAACAAGACACUGUCUCCUGGAAGUCAUGCUGAGCAUGAAGGGAAACCCUACUGCAAUCAGCCUUGCUAUGGAGCAUUAUUUGGGCCAAAAGGAUUUGGACGUGGUGGAACUGAGAGUCAUACUUUCAAAUAAAAUGUUUGAAGCAGAGACAUACUUAUCAGCAAUUCUUCGGCCUCUUACUAAUCCACUAAUAGUCACAUGUAAAUUAUCAUAUUAUGUCUUGAUAAUUAUUUGGUGCUUUGCAUGUAAUUCAAAACCAUCUUAUAUAGUAAACCAGAGAAUUAUUAAAGAUUGAUGGUUUAUUUUUACUACAAUACUACUUGUAACCAAAAUGUUACUACUCUGUAACCAAAAUGCCAUCUUGACUAGGAAAAAAUAAAUAUCAUGCAGAUGUAUGUGAUUUUUACUUAAUAAACUGAAAUAUUGAGUCAA